AUGAAUGAUGAACUUGCACGAGAAACACUCAUUGUUUAAAAUUAAUCAUAGCAACUUACCUAUACAUAAAUUCUAAAAGCCCUUUAGCCUCAGAGUCUUAAGACAUUCAGAUUCAAUAUUCCUGAGAUCUCUAUUUUUAAUUAAGGUGAAGUAGAAUUAUUCAUCUCCUAAAGAAGAACAAAUCUUAAUGGUCAAUAUAAAUAACUCAGGAAUCUGCCACACUAUAGACUGAAAGCAUUGAUGCCUAAAAAUGGCUGCAUUUGUAAAUAUGUCGAUUAGAAUCUUUAAAUGAUGACGGAUAUUGAAUUCACCAUUCUACUCAACAAGAGAAGAAAUGAAACAAUUUGGAAGGAAAUAUUCUAUUUACAGUCAUAAUAUUUGGUGGAUCAAAGAGUUCUAUAUGUGGCAGAAUAAGAUGAUUCCACAACUUUAUACAAACGAGCAUACAUUGAAGUAGGCAUCUUGACAAAGGACAUUGUAAUUGCUUCAUCUCAAUUUAUCACAGAUGAGGAGGAAGAUCAGUAUGAAAGAAGCCUAACUUAAGAGUCAUUGUGUCAAUAUUACACUUACAAAAUAAUACACUUUCUUGAAAAAGUAAGGAAUAUUAAAAUAACACAUGGAAUCUUCAAAUGGAGCAUAGAGAAAUUAAGGCAUUAUUACUUUGUGGACUCAUAGAAUGUCAGCUUUUAAAAUAUUGUUAUUGAGGAUAAAAAAUUAAAUUAAAAACAACUAAACCCACUUCAAUUAAUGGAUUCCAUCAACGAUGAUGUAGUUAAGUAAUACACUACUUUCUUAAACAGCGAAUACGAGAAAAAAAAAUAAGAGUUUGGUUUCAAUGAGAAAUAAUUUAACAUUACAAAGGACAGAGAAACUGAAUAUGUAUUUAAGGAGAUACAUAAGGGUUCAAAAAUAUAGUAUAAUUAAUUGUUUCGAGAUAUUGACUCUUUUACUAAAUAUGAAGGAAUAUUAUUAAAAUAAAUUAAAUAAAAACAUACCAUGAAAUAUAUUAAGCCUAGACCAAGAAUUAUGACCAUUUAAACUAAUUAAUCUCCCAACAAAACAUUGCCAGUUAGAUCAUUUACAUAACAAAAGUAAAGAACUCCUACCUACAAGCACUACAAAUCUAACUUGAAAUAUAAUACUUUGCCAUACUUAUUAUAAUGUUGA